CACCGUCCAACCACUCCACACAACACUCACAAAAAGCCUCUCAUGUUUGGUUGUGUUCAUGUUGAAAAUGAGUGUGAGAACUUUGUGUUUUCUUCUUGUUUAUGUAUCAACUCUGGAAGGUGCUGAUGGUGCUAAUGGUGAUGAAAAAAGGUGUGAUUUAUUCAAAGGUAAGUGGAUAUGGGACAAAUCGGGUUCAUACCCGAUGUAUAACGCGUUGGAAUGCCCGUUUAUAAGCCCGGGUUUGAACUGCCAGAAAAAUGGUAGACCUGAUAACAUGUACCUCAACUUCAGGUGGCAGCCUCAUGGUUGUUCACUUUCAAGAUUCGACGGGGAGGAUUUUCUAAGAAGAAACAAGGGGAAGAAGAUAAUGUUUGUCGGUGACUCGCUAAGUUAUAAUCAGUGGCAAUCACUAGCAUGCCUGCUUUAUCGACAUGGUCGACGCUACAACCUACGUCUCACUCAUCAAGGGGCAUUCUCAACUAUUUUUUACCCUGAGCAUGAAGUUACAAUUACAUAUUUGAAAAACGGGUUUCUUGUAGACCUUGUGACGGAGGAAAAGGGGCGAGUGUUAAGGCUAGACUCGAUCAGCCGAGGAAGAAUGUGGGAAGACGCGGAUAUUUUGAUCUUCAACAGCUAUCAUUGGUGGAUUCAUGGUGGACCGCUUAAAUCUUGGGACUACUAUCAAGUUGGUGAAAGGUUAUAUAGAGACAUGGCCCUUAUGGAUGCUUAUAAGAUUGCGUUGACCACAUGGGCUAGAUGGGUUGACUCCAACACUAAUCCUACCAAGACCAGAGUCUUUUUCCAAGGGAUUUCUGCUGUUCAUUAUGAAGGCAAGGAUUGGGGAGCGGCAAGUUUGGAGACUUGUGACGGGCAAACUGAACCUAUACCAGGAUUCAAUUAUCCAGGGAAAAGAUAUGUAGCAGAACAAGUGGUGAAAGAUGUUAUUUCAAAGAUGAAACAGCCGGCUUAUUUACUCGAUAUAACUCUACUUACACAAUUGAGAAAAGACGGGCACCCGUCAAAAUUUGCUGGUGGAACAUUGGAUUGUAGUCACUGGUGUCUUGCUGGUGUUCCAGAUACAUGGAAUCAAAUCAUGUACACGAUGUUGCUCAAGGAUUAGUUUUUUUUUAUGUUAUGUUAUUCUAAACAAAUAAAAGCAUAAAACAGCUUCAUUAUAUUGAUUAAUAUGCUCUAGAUUCUAGUGGUCUAGUACAGCAUUAAUCUUGUACAUGAUUUUGCUCAAGAAUAUGGGAAACUGAUGACUUAUGUCCGUCAUUGUAUUCUUUUGUUCGAA